AUGUGGUGGCUUGUGUUAGUGAUGUUCUUCGGUAGAUCCAGCAGUAAGGCUGUCUCUGCAAACUCUACUGUAGAUGGCAAGUAUCUCCCAAGUACCCAAUGGCUCAUCUCCUGCAGUGAUGACCCAUCCGUCAAGUCCUGUCUCAAGAUGAAGUCACUGAUGCUUCUAGAAGACCUCGCGCAGAAGGAUACUCCGAUAUACAUAUUUGGGAAAUCCAUGACACUUGUGAAGAACCCGGACGUUCGAAUGGGAGGACGAAUGUUGCCAGUUAGUUUGGAAGAGCUCAACUCCAGUCUGCCUAAAGACGAGGACUCCAGGGAAGAGACUUUGGACAAUCUGAUGUUCUUGUCUUUGGAGAAAUUCGUCAAAAGUCGAGCCUUACAAAUCCAUCUUCCAGAUCUAUUCUUUUGGAAUUCUUGGAAUAGUUUAGCAGAAGGUAGGAGGAAGGGCAGCGGUUUCAGCGGCGCAGGCUGGGGACUGGCCCUUGCUGGGGGUAUGAUGGCGGCACUGGGACUGGGCUCCAUCGCAAUGAUGUCCGGCAAAGCUAUGAUGGUCAGUAUGAUGGCACUCAUGUUGUCUGCGAUGGCUGCAUUCAGGAAGGGUGGUGGAGGAGGUGACCAGGCCGCCACCACAUACGAGGUCAUCAACGUGCCGACUGGUCAUGGCCAUCACGCUCGCAGGAUGUUUACCGUCAGCAUGGGCCGCCCACGGAGUCUGGAGGUGGGGGUGCCGUUGCCAGGGGCGGCGGACCUAGUGGAGGUUUACCGCGGAUGGAACACCUCGACAGCAACGCCAGGCCCUCAGGUGAUGGCACCUGACAUUGACAAAGAACACCUGAAGACGGAGUAACUCAGAACACUCUGCGAGGCAGGCCUAAUGCUUAUUGAUCUAAGGUUGCU